GGCGAGGGGGAAGGCGAGGGGGAGGAGGGUAGGUACAUAGUAAGAAGGUUGGGGAGGGAGUGUUUUUUUUUUUUUUUUUUUUUUUAAUUGUUUGCGCUUCUUUGGGGUGGUGUUGAAGGAGAACACCACCAACGAAGUUUUUUUUUUGUUGUGUGACCGACCAGAGUUAAUUGUGUCAAGACAAGAUGCCGUCCGACUUCAACGUUUUCCUGAUCAUCAUCUCGGUAAUUGUUACGGUGGCUAUAUUCUUGGUGAACGUGUACGUUCUGGUUAAUUAUCAGCAUCCCGAUGACAAGAAUCAAGCGUACUUACCGAAGAUCGUGGUCGUCCUUGGCUUAUCUCUGGCGCAGCUUUCAAUUCUCAUGCUGCCGCUAGAUGUCGCUAAUCGCAAGGCCUGCACCAAUUCCAUCGUCACUGGUGCUUGCAAUCUCACCCUCCCAAUGAAGGAGCUCUGGUUCUCCGUCUACAUCAUCAACGUCGUCCUUGUCUUUUUCGUCAUCCCUUUCUCUAUGUUCUUCUACGAGUCCGACAUGGACUACACCCCUACUCAGCGCGCCUGGAGCGCCUUGCAAUGGUGUAUUGUCACUGCCAUCGUGAUAGGCUUGGUCUUAGGGAUCUUGUACGGGCUAGUGGGGUUCGUCGACUUCCCUGUGAAGCGAUUAGAAUCGACGGUUAUCCCGUUUCCUCUCUCGGAUCCUAAUAGUUUGUUCGGCGCUCUGAGCGCCGACCGACCGUGCGUUAUGGCUUACAAUGCGUCAGACCCGGCGGCGCACCUGCGCUGCUCCGGGUGGGGAGUCGGGACGAAGCGCGAGAUGUGGUCCUUGAGGACAUCCUUCCCGGUGUACGUGAUUGCCUUGUCGACAAUAGCGGGAUCGAUUCUCUUCUCGAUCUUCGGCGGAGUGGGCAUCAUGUCGUUGCCGUUGGAUUGCAUCUUCGGCUUCCUCCGCAGACCGCAGAGCCUGAUAACGCGGUCGGAGUACGUGAAGAAGGCGACGGACAUCGCCAAGCGGUCGAAGGAGCUGAAUGAGACGGCGCAGGCGCUGCUGAAGGAGGAGAGAUCGGGGAGCAAGGGGAGGAAGUGGAAGAAGAACGUGCGGCUGCUGCAGCAGGAGCUGAUCUACUUAGAGGAAGACGAAGCCGAACUCGCAGAGGUGUACCCGCAGGGAGAGGAGCCUGAGCUCCUCUGGGCUCUCACCGUGCUUGGCUAUCUCGGGAAAUUGCUCUUCGGGAUCGUCGGAUUCAUCAUCUCGUUAAUGUGGAUUGUGCAUAUCAUCGUCUACCUGUUGAUCCGCCCUCCGGCAACGACCUUUCUGAAUCACGUGUUCAUCAAGCUGGAUGAGGUGUUUGGCUUGUUCGGCACGGGAGCGUUCGCGCUCUUCUGCUUCUACUUGUUGCUGGCGGUGAUUUCAGGGGAGAUGAAGGUGGGGCUGACGUUCUUGGUGUUCACGGUGCACCCCAUGAAGUGGGGGGGCACGCUGAUGAGCUCCUUCCUGUUCAACGUGGGCCUGAUUCUCUUGACGUCGAUAAGCGUCAUCCAGUUCUGCUCGACCGCGUUCGCCGUGUACGCGCAGGAGACGGCCAUAGCCGAGAUCUUCGGCCACCAGCUCGAGAAUCUGAGGGGGAUAAAGUAUCUGUUCAGGUACAAGAUCUUCCAGGUCGCCUUCAUCGCGCUGGCCUUCGUCACGUUCCUCUACUACUUGGGGUUCGGUUGGCGAAGACAGGAACGGAGGCGCAGGAUAGUCACUCACGUCUAAUUAGUAUAUACCAAUCAUCACUAUUACUGUAUUAUUAUCAUCAUAAUAAUAACAAUAACAACAUUAACGAGAGUAAUCAAGGUAAUGAGGAGGAGGAGGAGGAGGAGAAGUUGUCAUGGACGGACACUCGCAGACGAUAUCUGGGGGAUUCGGUUGACGUCAACGGGAGAUUAAUCGGAGGAUAGGAACCCGUCGUGCCUUGAGAAAAAGAGAGACAAAGAAAAGGAAUGUGACGUGAAAUGAAGGAUGACGACGAGGAGGAAGAGGAUGGGGGGGGGGAGGAGGAGGAGGAGGAGGAGGAGGAGGAGGAGGAGAGAAUCAGGUUGAAGCCGAAGAGGGGAACGAAAUCACGAUUAGUUGUAGGAGGAAACCAGGUACAGGAGGAAGAGGAGGAGGUGUUACCUAGACAACGAAUUCCCGGCAUGGACGCCAGAUUCCAUCUGUGUCUCAGUAACACCUCCUCCUCUUACUCCUCGUCCUCCUCCUCCUCCUUCGGCGCUCCCCGUAAAUUCAUUGCCGUGCUGAUCGACACAGUGCUUCGUCGUCCUCCUGAUCAUUUGUCUAUCCUUUGCUUUUUUCGUUUUUUUUUUUUUUUUUUUUUUUUGUGGUUCUCCUUAUUUCCUUCUCUCCUUCCUCCUGGUCCUCCUCCCGACUUUCCGUCGGGGUCUGUGUGUGGUGUGUCGCGACCACCACCCUAGUUAUUUUCUCUCUUCUCCCUCCCCCGUCUUCUCCAUCGAUCGACGUCCUUGUUGAUUUUGAAGCGGGAAGUAGUUCUCUCGCGCCGUGUGUUCUGCAUCUCGACGAGUACGGAGGAGCGGGCUAUACUACAUCGGUGGAUGAUAAUCCGUGGAUAAUCAUCCGAAAUGCAUUAAGGAUGGACCAGUGGGGCGAGACGGGAGAGGUUGGGAUGGGCAGGGAAGAGCGCAACGGAGCAUUUAUAUGUCACAGCCCCUCGUUUGUUGUCCUCUUCUCUCUCUGUGCCUACGGUUUCACCGGGCAGUUCUGUUUGUGACGAUAUAUAUACAUCUAUAUGUACAUCUAUAUGUCUAUAUACAUAUCUAUGUGUACGUAUAUAUAUACAGGGUUCAGCCUCCUGAUGAGUAGGUAGGUGAAACUCCGACGAAACAGUUUGUCACAGCCCCUCCCUCGUUUGUUGUCCUCUUCUCCCUUCCUCUCUCCCUCCCUCUCUGCCUACUACGGUUUACCGGGCAGCAGUUCUGUUUGACGAUAUAUAUGUAUAUUUAUACACACAUUUUUAUGUACUUAUGCAGUCAGAAGAUU